ACUAAGGAUACACCUCUGUCUCUCGCAUGUAGCGGUGGCAGAAUCGAAGUGGUUGAGCUUCUGCUCAAUCGGGGUGCCAAUAAGGAACAUCGUAAUGUUUCCGACUAUACACCUUUGAGCCUCGCAGCAUCCGGUGGUUACGUUAAUAUAAUAAAGCUCCUCCUUGGUCAUGGUGCUGAAAUUAACUCACGAACUGGCUCAAAAUUAGGCAUUUCUCCGCUCAUGCUUGCCGCUAUGAAUGGUCAUGUUGCGGCGGUAAAACUGUUACUGGAUAUGGGCAGCGAUAUAAAUGCUCAAAUUGAGACUAAUCGUAAUACAGCGUUAACGUUGGCGUGCUUUCAAGGAAGACACGAGGUUGUUAGCCUUCUUCUCGACCGCAAAGCUAAUGUAGAACAUCGUGCCAAGACUGGAUUAACGCCAUUGAUGGAAGCAGCUAGUGGAGGUUACGUGGAAGUUGGACGUGUUUUGCUUACCAAAGGGGCAGAUGUUAAUGCUACGCCUGUUCCAUCAUCCCGCGAUACUGCCCUUACCAUCGCCGCUGAUAAAGGACACUGCCGUUUCGUAGAAUUAUUACUGUCGAGAGGGACCCAAGUAGAGGUGAAAAAUAAAAAAGGAAAUAGCCCAUUAUGGUUAGCGGCAAACGGUGGGCACUUGAACGUUGUUGAUUUAUUGUAUCACGCUGGCGCGGAUAUUGAUUCGCAGGAUAAUCGCAAGGUAUCUUGUUUAAUGGCAGCUUUUCGUAAGGGGCACAUUAAAGUUGUUAAGUGGAUGGUAAAUCACGUUACUCAGUUUCCUAGUGACCAAGAAAUGACAAGGUACAUAGCAACCGUCAGUGACAAAGAACUUCUAGAAAAAUGCCAAGAGUGUGUAAAAGUUAUUCGAGCUGCGAAAGAGACUCAAGCAGCAAAAGCGAACAAAAAUGCGACUAUAUUAUUGGAAGAACUCGAUAUGGAAAAAACGCGAGAAGAAUCGAAAAAAGCAGCGGCUGCUCGCAGACGAGAACGAAAGAAAAAAAAGAAACUCGAGAAGAAGGAGGAGAAGCGGAAAUUGCACGAAGAAUAUAAGAAAAGUGAAGGGAAUUACGAAGACAAGGAGGAAAGCGGGAAGAAAUCUGGCGACGAAGAAUGCGAUAGGGCGGACGAUAGCGAACACGAAACUGGCGAUGAUUGCGAAAGAAUGGAUAGUAUGCCAUCGCCAGUUAAUAGAAGCCCGGAAGACCCUGACAGAGAAGAAGGCGACAGUGGAAUCGAUGCGAAUAGCCAAGGUAGCUGCAGUAGCAACGAUGUCAAAGCUAGAGAGAAAAAGAAAGACAAGAAGAAAAAGAAAAUUACUAGUCCUAUUAACAAUGAGAAGGAUACAUCCCCGCAAAGAUCGCCGAAAUCUGUAAUCGGUCAAAGCUCUUCUUUGUCUCAAAGUUCCAUCACUCCGACCAAGUCUCAAAACAACACUUCCGAGAAAAGACUCAUAACUAACGUCACCAACGGAGUAUCAGUGUCCACAACUUCUAUUACCAUGAGUGCCAGAUCCUCGACCGUUAAUUGCGGUGAACGUAAAUUAAAAGGUCAACUGGUGUUCGAGUCUUCGAGACAUCCUGCCGACAGAGAAGAUUUUGAAGCAACUGGAAAUGAAACGUACAUGCCUGGCAAAGGCAAAAAAUCUUACAAUAAUCAAUAUGAUGGAGACACAUUGAACACUUCUAUCAAGACGAACACUACCACUAGUCCCAAGCAAGGUGGCAAGCGCGAGGAAGGCUGGAAGGAAGUUGUACGAAAGGGGCAAUCCGAUGAUUCGGGGAGAUUUAUGAAUUCACCAUUCCGUUCGAAGAAAGUUUCUGUUCCACCGAAUGCUAUUAGUCGGGUAAUUGGAAGAGGUGGAAGUAAUAUAAAUGCUAUCAGAGGCGCAACAGGAGCGCAUAUCGAAGUAGAAAAACAAAGCAAAUGUCAAGGCGAACGAAUCAUUACUAUCAAAGGAUCAUCGGAUGCAACAAAACAGGCUCAUACAUUAAUAGCAGCUCUCAUUAAAGAUCCAGACGUUGAUAUAUUGCAAAUGCUUCCGAAAUCGAAACUUACAGUUGUCACGACUUCCUCUUGGGAUAAGACCGUUUCUACUAUUGCCUCGAGUAAAGCAAAGUUGGGUCCUGUAAGUAAACCACCUAGUCUAACGUCAAAUUCCAAUAGUAUGCAAAUUAAUAAAUCUAGUUACCCAUCGGGAGUUUCUACCGUCAAUCAAUUGAUUCCACUUCGAUCAUCGUCCACCAUUAAACUUGCUGGAGCAUUUCCAACACCUUUACCACGUGCAACGGCACCUAGACUCGUUGCUGCAGCCGAAAAACGAGCGCAGGCUGUAGCCGCCCAAAUGGCAUCGUCAUCGAACACGAAGACGACAAUGUCGUAUACCAGCGCGAUCAUGACCGCCGGACGAGCAACAAAAAUCGUGACGACAAGCACCACGCAAACGUUCGCAGCGAAAUUAUCCGAAAUCACUGCCAACACGCAUACAUCCACUACCGUGAUGCAGUCCACUCAUACCACGGUAAAUAAGCAGAAAUCGUUACAAGCGAAUACUGUCACCGUGGUGUCAGCUGCGGCGGCGGCAACGGCUCAGCAGACUUCGUCUCAGCAGCCCAUAGUUAGUACAUCGCCGAAACACUGCCGACCACUGCCUACUUUAUCUGCCCCGCCAACUAUGGUCUCACAUUACUCUGGAAAAUCUACUUAUUCGCCCGGCUCGAAUGUCGCGAUGUCACCAGCAGCAAGCACUGCGAUCGCGUAUUGUCCUGAAAAUUCCAUCGCCUCAACCUGUUCGAAUUCAGUGCGAGUCAGUCCGUCACCGCCAAUCGUAUCGCAGUGUCAACAGUUGCAGCAACAACAACAACAACAACAACAACAACAGCAGCAGCAACAGCAACAACAACAGCAGCAGCAGCAACAACAACAAAUACGGAGUUCGACGCCUAUUGCGUCCAAUAUCCAAGAACAACAUCAACAGCAACAACAACAACAACAACACCACCACCACCAACAGCAACAGCAACAGCAAACGAACAAUACGCCCCUCGAAUAUUCUUUGUUCAAUGACACUUUCACGAAAGUUACCCAACAGUCGAUGUGGGGUGGCCGAGAAAACGAAUCUCAAAAGGGUAUGAACUUUGCGACCGUAGCUGGAGGUGGAGUUUCCGUAAAUACGUCGGGCUCAUCGUCAUCCAAGUUUAUCGACAGCGUACCUCCUCAGGUGGACGCAUCGAAAGCUCCCGGAUACCGAGGAACAACAAUGUGCUCUCCAGUUUCAAGCAAAUCGAAUAAUAGCACAAACACCAUUGCAACCAGCAUAGGAAGCAGCACAUCGUCGAACACGGGGCACAGUCCCAUUCAACCGCCUCAGUUUCAGUCAUCUGGAAAUUAUAACGACCAUUCUCUUUCGAACAAGCCACCCGGUAGUUUGGCUGUGGCGCGGCCAGUAAUGCCUCAGCAGAGUAUGGAAAUGGGGGCAGCGAUGGGUGCGCAAUUCAGUAGACCAGUAUUUCAAGGCGAGCUGACGUCGCGUAACACUACGACGCAUCAACCCCACGUUAUAUCCUCGACGUCGCAACCAACGUUGGAUGUGGGUUUGUUCAAGGCGAACAAUGUCAGUUACGAGCACGCAAACGUAAAUUCGAGUUUACUGAAGAUGGUACCGAACGAAGGGCAGGGCCACCCUCUUUUGCCUUUCCAUCCUCAUAUGCAAAAUUUCACGCAAACAAUAGCGGCACCGUCUGCUUCUGUAAAUACCACCGUCAGUAUGUCGAGGUUAAAUCCCAGGGCACCGGAUUUCUCUAGUUCGCUGCAUUUGAAUAGCAAACCGCAGGUGACGAUGUUCAAUGCUGGCUCAGCGGCCGGAAUACAUCCGAAUAUGUUUGCAACGGUACCGCCACCACCUCCGUCUGCGAUUCAAUCAAAUAAUUUAGCAAUGCUCGGAAACUUUCCCCUAGGAAAGUAUCAAGCACCAUCUCGAGCCACACCGAAUACUGGAAUCUCUACUAAUGGACAAACGCGUUGGCCGUUUGCACCGCCGCACAAUAAUUAUCCACCUCAUCAGGAUCCGAUGAUGGGCCAGAUAGGCUUCACUAACCAUUUGGCGAAUAUAACCGCACAAUCUGGAAGCAUCGAUUUGAUCACGAGCUUGGAGAAUGGUGGUUCACCGGCAAUAUCACCGUCUUCUCCGGCGCAGGUAGCUCAAGAAAUGAAUCAGCUGAAAAUAGAGGAUCGCAAAGUACCGCGACCAAUUGGUACAGAGAGAGCGUGGAAGAAUUACGCAACGGCGGGCAUGGGACCCGGCGGCGAUGCCGAUUCUAUCAACUGGAUGCUGAACAAUGAAAAGCUCGUUGGAUCUUGGGCGAGCUUGGCGCCAGGAAUCGAUAGGCAUCAAGUGUUUCGCUCUAACGCAGCUUACAAUCGUAUAUCCAACGUUGACGCAGAACUCCAUCAGAUGAUGGAAUCCUCCUUUCAGGGUCACGUGGAUACUCAACAACAGCCGUUCCCGAAUGGAAAUGCUGCAGCUCUGUCACUAAUGCCAGGAUUAACGUUAUUACCAGGACAAUUUGGAACGCCUACGUUAACGGAAAUCCCUCCAAACGAACAGAACAAAAUGGAUCCACCAGCAUGGGGAAUACCAGAUGGUGUACAAGAUAAACAACAUCCGUGUCUACAUUACGCUGUUUGGCCCGAUUAUUGGGCAUGGAAUAAAUGGACCCAUUAAAAAGGAAGAAAUUUGCGAAGGCAACAAAUUUCGUUUCCUUACCUGGGCGAUACGAAAUAGAACCUGAAACUCAAAGUAGUGAAUAGAUGGAACUGGAAUACGAAGCGUUGUUUCUAGGCACUUAAAUUACAUUACUACCCUAAUUAUAUCCAUUGAAACACGAUAUUAUUUGUCAUGCUAGGUGAUAAGACGGUGAAUCUUUACUACAACUUAUUGCUAUUAUCUAGUAUAAUUAUGCAAUCGAAAUAAUUAUGGUACACGGCACGAAAAGAGUUAAAAAAAGAGAAAAAAAAAAAAGAGAAAAACAGAGGCCGCGAAACCGAAACGAAACAAAGAAAUUUUAAUCAUUAUUGUUCAUCUUCGAUUUUCCUUCGGGCAUACGCUGCUUCUGUGUACUACAGGAUUGUAACUCGAAGUAGGCGGAUAUCAUAUUUGACUUACGAAACGACUACAGUUUGUGUCAGACUUCUUCCUAUCUUAAUCGUUGCCGGUUCGAUUUGCCCCAUUUACGAGAAUUCAAAUCUUACGGUAUUUGCUAUAGACAUUCGUGAUAAUAAAUUCAGAUACGCAUACGAUACUACGUCGGCUUUGGCUUCACCCUUAGUAGUAGUUCACUCAAAUUAGAACCUUGCAUCCUUGGUUUUACUCCUCGAAUUUCAUGUAUCGAAUUAAAAAGCUUCGUUUUAAUUACGUACGCAAAUAGAUACACAAAGGCUUCGAUCGUAACCACCCGAGUGUUACAUACAUGCUGUGUCAUCUAAAUAGUACGUAAUGAUAAACUAAAAAAAUAAAAAUAUGUAUAUGAUCGUCGUAACGGAAAGAACAACUUUUGUGCAUCGAUGAACGGCGGAGGGUCAAAGGAGAUUUCAAAAAAAAAGGAAAAGAAAAAGGACUUGGGAAAACGUCGAGACCUUGGAAACCUCUCGCCAACUCCUUCGCAUUGCCGCGCAUCGUUUUCUCUCCCAUAAAAUAUUUCUACGUUUCGUGUCGCGAGAGUACUAGCUCUCCAGUUCCAAGAUCAAUUAAAGCAGAUCGUCGACGUUUUCUAUGUUGGCGAUGAUUCAUUGGAACAUGGGGGAAAAACGUCGUAUACGAUUCGUGAAAACUCGAUUGCGACAACCGUGCAUGAAAUUCUCUUUCUGCCCAAUGAGACGCGCAACAAUUUCGCGACUGCUCUUUCUCGCUUCUGGCGUCCUCCUAUUUCUUGUUUCGUCUUUCGUUUAAAUAUCGAACAUGUUGGUUAUCGCACGGUCUUCGACGCGAGCAAUCACGAAUUCACCGAACGCAAAAGACGCAAAUACUCCUUGCUAUCGGCGCGGGUGGGGGUGUGGGGGUGGGUGGGGGGAGGAAACAGAAACGCAUAGAAAGAGGAAAGAAGUUUUGAAACACUUAUUAUACACGAGAGCACAUGCUACUCGGAUGAAAUAAACACGACCAGGCUUUGAACAUGAUUCAAUUAUGAUCUUACACACGAAGGGGCGUGAAAACAAAAAUGAAUAGAAAAAGAAAAAUGUUGGCACGAAUUAACACGCGCUGUACUAAUAAUACAUUAAAUAUUAUGUAUACCGAAUCCUAUUCGAAUCAAUGAAUAUUGUUCAUUGUUAAACAGGUAGUGGGCCGCCGACACGUAAAUAUAACUCCGUGCGUCCCUAGCAACAGUGCUAUUAUAAUACUAUUAUUGCUGUGGUGGUAAUAAUGUUUAUUAUUAUAUUAUGGUUAUUAUUACACAAGACGUAAUUAUAGGAAAUGGAAGGUAAAUAGAAAACGUCACCUGCUGUUUCGGCUGGACUAGUACGAUAUACUAAAUAUUCUAGAUAAACACUCGAUAUACAUACAUAAGAAAUGUUCAUUUCGAUUGGACAUUUGAAAAUCUUUCUUGGCGGGGAUUUCAACAAGUGUUCAAUACACAUAGCGACGAUACUGUAAUUGAAACGGUCCCCUACGCGUAAGUUUCGAUGAAGCUCGUGGAAAUUGUACUAGAGCUUUUGAUCUAUUAUUCCAGGGAGCGCUUCAAUUAUUCUCUAAGAUACGUUGUUAUAAUUUAAAGCCUAUUUUCAAAUUUGAUUUAUGAUAAUUCCGAUAUACAACACAAAACUAUUAUAUGACAUACAACAAUAAAGCAAAUAAAUGAAUAAAUAAAUA